AUGCACCCACAUAUACCCCGUUCUAACCCCUCUAAACCCCUCAAUAACCCAAUACUAGCCCCUAACAACCCAAGACUAACCCCUACUAACUCAAUCCCAACCUCUACUAAGCGUACUAAACCACUCCAUUCUGAGGAAGUAGAGAAGGUUGCUAUUGCUAAAGCCAUCCUUGAUAUUGGCGAAGAGACAAACUUAGACCGAAAGAAGAAGAACCGUAUUGCUGCCCGUAAAGCCCGCGAGAAGAAGUCACAGUAUCUGCUCGACCUCCAAGCACACACAUGGACCCUAACACAUGCCAAUAGAACUUUGCAGGUGCAAGUCAACCGCCUAACUGCUGCCCUAGAGCACAUUAUUGAAGAAGUAGAUCAGGCGGUUACAGCUAAAUCAAUAGAUAUUCGUCGACUCCUCGCCAUUCUUCUCAAUACCGAGCACCUUCAUCUCCUCAGUCCAAAACACCGCCACAUUCUCCAUAAGAUCAGAUUAAGUAUUAUCUCUGGUUAA